CAAAACAAAAAUGGAAAGCAAAAGAAACUUGUUGUGGGUGAUGGGCAUAUGCAUGUGGUUGGUUCUAGCACAUCACCGAAGCGGUGCGGCGGAAGAAAAAAUAGGCAAGGAGCUAAUUAAGAGCAUAUGCAAAAACAGGGGAAACAAUGAAUUGUGCAUGCAGGUGCUUUCCUCGGACCCAGACAGUGAUCACGCGGACCUAGAGGAGCUGGCAAUGAUAUCUCUGAAGGCUGCGGCGUCAAAUGCGAGCAGCAUUCUAAAUGAUUGUAAGAGAAUGAUCGACGACCAGAAUUUGGAACCUAAGGUUCAACAGGGUUUGGCUGAUUGCAAGGAGAAUCUGUUGGACGCAGAGAGUCAAAUUCAGGAUGCUAUUGCGUCCAUAUUGUCCAAUGACAAGCUUGAUGCUCAGGUAUGGCUCAAGGCUGCAUUGGCUGCUAUUGAUACAUGUGACGAUUCUAUCCCCGGCGAUGAUGAUAUUCUCUCUAGAAAGAGUGUGGCGUUUCGCCAAUUGUGCAACAUUGCCGUCGCCAUCAACAAGGCCAUGUUGGCCACUCAUACCUAAAUUCUAACAUGUUUCUAUCUUUUUUCUUUUCUUCACAACUACGCAAUUCCCAGGGAUUUCAUCAACAAUGUGGUUUUCAGUUUUUUUAGUCAGGUGAGAGAGAAUAAACUAGCAUUUUGUUGAAUUGGAUUCAAACAUUCAUGCAAGUGAUGCAACCACGAAUAUGUUGUUGUAUUUGAAUAAUGAA